UUUUUUUAAAAAAAAAAACCCACCUUUUUAUUUAUUAUCAUUACCAUUUAUCCUCUCAUAUUCCCUACGAAGAAAGAAAUUUAUCACCCUUUUUUUCCAAAUGUCAGCGGCUAUUCUUCGACCAAAUAGCGAAACACAAUAUUAUUCUCCUGCAAAUUAUUCUAGACAAAUGCAAAUGUUGCACCAACAACAACAACAACAACAGCAACAUCAACAACAACAGCAUCAUAAUCAUCAUCAAUCAAAUUUCUUACAAUCGAACAAUUGUAAAACUGAAUCUUUACCCCUAUCUUUACCUGACCAACAACAACAACAAUCUUCCAUGUUAAAGAAUAAUAACAAUACAAGUCAAAUUAACAAUAAUACUUCCGCACCUCAUUUUGAAUAUGUUUCAUAUGAUAGAGUUCAAGAUCUAUAUGAACAAAGAAAAGGUCAUUUUUAUUUCAUUCCUGAAGGUUUUGAACCCGUCUUGGUUCCCAAUGAUUCAAAAGCUCAGGCUGUAACAAAUUUAUUGGAAACCUCCAAACCUGUCUCUACCGCUCCUAAUGUUUCAAGAAUGUUACCUGAUACUGAUGUUCGUUUACCAUCUUAUGCCUUACCUUGUGGUGUCGCUGGACCUGCAAAGAAGGAUGUUGCUCCUAAUGGUAAAAUUCCUAAAGUUAAGAAACCUCCUAGACCUCCGAAUGCUUUCAUACUUUAUCGAAGAGCGAAACAACCAACUAUUGUCGCUCAACAUCAAGGAAUUACAAAUAAUGAGGUUUCUAAAGAAAUUGGAAAGAUGUGGCACGAAGAACCGAUGGAAGUUCGUCUUAAAUUUCAAAAAAUGGCCGAAGCUGCUAAAGAGGAACACAUGAAAAAAUACCCAGAAUAUAGGUAUCGUCCAAGAAGACCACAAGAAAGGAAACGUCGCGUUCAAACACGUGAAGCUUCAAACAGAAGAUCUUCGGCCCCAACUUUACCUCAUCGUGUAUCAUCAUCAUCCGUUGUAGAAAAUCCUGAUUACAUAUCAUCAAGACGUGUAUCAUCAAUAUCUAGUGAUGGAGAAAAUAGAAGUCCUAUUCAAAAUCAACAACAAAUUUAUUACGCUAAUUCCGAAGCACCAUCAGAUUCUACUUAUGGUGGAAUGAUUGAUAAUCAAACAAUGCCACCACAAUUCACUUCUUACAUGCAACCAUCAAUUAAUGAUUUCUCAGUAUUUGAGGCUCAACCUCAGGAUAUGUCGGAAGACGGAGUUGAUUUUGAUUAUGAUUAUAACGAUUAUAAUCCACAAAUGAUAAAUUACGCAGGGCAUUAUCCUCAUCAUCAAUACGUACAAAAAUAUUGAAUUAUUAAUUAAUUCGUUUAUAUUACGUCUUGUUACCCUAUUGCUACCCUCUUGGCUUGCGCCCUUCGGCGUAACCUGUCUAGACUCUAGAAUAUUCGUUUAUUUUACGCCAAAUUCUAGAUCGUAUUGAAAGAUUCAAAAAUUUCUCAGUAUUUCAAAUAUAUUUCAGUAGUCGAUGUUCAAAAAAAAAAUUCGUUUU